GAGCGAGCGACAGAAAAAAGGGAGGAGCCGCUGGGAUUCGUGACGUCAACCUGGAAUGAGGGAGUGAAUGUUCCGGGUCAGAAACUGGACGAGGAGGAAAUAAACUCCGGGAUAAGAAAAACACGAAAUAAACGCAACGAAACAGACAUGUGACCGCUUACAAAGAAAGAUACGGGACAUUUCUCAGCCUUGCAGUAAAGAUGUUGCGAGAAAGGUGAAAAAGCGGAAGGAAAAACUCCAGGGAUCAAAGCAGAAGUGGAGCGCGACGUUUUUAUUCCAUGUUUCAGUGCGCGAUACAUUUGCGUUGGGGAUCGCUAGAUUUGUAUCCGACACUAGUUGCUUUGGCGCUCUUUCACUGUUCCAAGUAUCUCCCGCUUGUUUGUUUUAGUUUGGAUUUGCUGUGGCAACUUUUCCAGCAGAACGGAUUUAUCUAGGGCUAGGAUCGCCAUCCCGUGAUGUUUAACUGUAUCCCCCUGUGGCGGUGCAACCGUCACAUCGAGUCGAUCGAUAAGCGCCACUGCUCGCUGCUCUUCGUCCCGGAUGAGAUCUAUCGCUGCAGAGCGAGUUUGGAAGAGCUUUUACUGGACGCCAACCAGCUCCGGGAUUUGCCCAAGCCAUUUUUCAAUUUGACUAAGCUGAGAAUACUUGGCCUAAGUGACAAUGAGAUCCAGCGGCUGCCGGGAGAUAUUGCUAACUUCAUCCAGCUCGUAGAGCUAGACAUCUCUCGAAAUGACAUUAUGGAACUCCCUGAGAGCAUUUCAUAUUGUAAAACCCUCCAAGUAGCAGAUUUUAGUGGAAAUCCUUUGACAAGGUUGCCAGAAAGCUUUACAGAAUUACGCAAUUUAACAUGCCUUUCCAUCAAUGACAUUUCUUUACAAGUACUUCCAGACAACAUUGGAAACCUCUGUCACUUGGUAUCACUGGAACUCCGAGAGAACUUGCUGACAUAUUUACCAGAGUCUCUGUCUCAGCUUCAGAAACUUGAAGAACUGGAUGUUGGAAGCAAUGAACUGUAUAAUUUGCCUGAGACAAUAGGCUGUCUUGUCAGUCUGAAAGACCUGUGGCUGGACGGAAACCAGCUGUCUGAAAUACCACCGGAGCUGGGGAGUAUGAGAAGCCUUACGUGUCUGGAUGUAUCUGAGAACAAGAUAGAGCACCUGCCAGAGGAGAUGGGGAACCUCCUCUCCCUCACUGACCUCCUGGUGUCCCAGAACCUCAUAGACAUGCUGCCGGAGAGCUUAGGAAAAUUAAGACGGCUUUCAAUAUUGAAAGCAGAUCAAAACAGAUUAGUCCAUCUGCCGGAGAGCAUAGGCAACUGUGAAAGCCUGACAGAACUAGUGCUGACAGAAAACCAGCUGGUGAGUUUGCCAAGAAGUAUUGGAAAACUAAAGAAACUGUCCAACUUCAACUGUGAUAGGAAUCGUCUAAUGUCUUUACCAAAAGAGAUCGGUGGCUGCUGCAGUCUGAAUGUUCUCUGUGUGAGAGAGAACCGUCUGACACGGAUCCCUCCCGAGCUUUCUCAGGCUACAGAGCUGCACGUGCUCGACGUGUCUGGAAACAGGCUGCUCUACCUGCCCUUGACCCUGACUUCUCUACGACUCAAAGCUCUCUGGCUGUCAGAGAACCAGUCUAAACCACUGCUCACCUUCCAGACGGACGUGGACCCUGAGUCUGGAGACAAGGUUCUGACCUGUGUACUCUUGCCUCAGCAGCCCUGUGAAUCGGAAAACAAAGGUUCUGAUAACCUCGCCCGCUGUGGUGCUCUGGAGAGUCUGGUGGAGAGCGGCAUGCUGGAUGACACCUGGGACGACAAAGCCACCAACAGAAUGAGCACUAUUCGUUUCAUGGAGGACGAUGAUGAUGAGGAUGACGAAGAGAGAACAUUGUUGCGGCGGGCCACCCCACACCCUGGCGAGCUGAAGAACAUGAAGAAGGUGGCCGAGAGCAUCCGUAAGGACAUGAAUGCCGCCAAAGGCCUGGAUUCCAACAAAAACGAGGUCAAUAAUGCUGUGGACCGAUUGACCACAUCUGUGUGACCGCUUUUACUCCGAGAUGUCUCUUACCCGGUGUGUCUUUCCCUGAAGCCCCCACAGAGCCAUUCCUCACUGUUUUCUCCCAGGGGCUGAUCACCCUUUUGCUGUCCUGGGACUAACAGAGCCCUUUUUCCAGCCCUGCUAACUUGAUCAGGGACGAGUCCUCACUACAUGGUGCCUUUUCUAAAGACCUCCAGAGCAAUAACCUGCAAAGGAAUGCAUAUUUUUACUCUUCAAAAUCCAGUGCUUUUCUUUUGGUUUUCUUUGACACACAAAAUAGGUAGUUGCACUACAAGUCUUUGCAUAAAUCUGUCAGAAUCUUUAUUAUAGAUUAAUGAAAUAUAUUCUUUAUUUUUUUAUCUUUCUUUUGGUAAUACAUGGAACCCAAGCAUUUUUGGACCUACUGAUUUGAAAAAUGAUUGUAUAGUUGCUUGUGAAUAUUGACACUUUUAAAUGUGUGGCAGCUCAGGUGGUGUACAUUUUAACAACAACAACAAAAAAAAGAUGUGUAGCCAGUUCUUUAAUCAGUGAACUUUCCCAUUGCUUGGAUUCAAAAGCAUUCGAACAAAGUGGCAGAUUUUUUAUGUCAUGGUUCAUUCUUAUCUGAACAGCUUUGUAUUUCUUUGUCAGGUUUCUUCAUAACCCAUGCAGUUUUCAAUUUGUGUAAAGGACAUGUUAAUUAAAGGGCUAAUGCGGUUAAGGACCAUGACCUGAAACACUCCGACAUGUGGACCGAAGAGGGUUAAGGCUGUCCGAGAGACCAGCGCUGUGCUUUAUUACGCUAAUAUUAAUUUAGUAACCUGACUUCUGCUGCAGUUCAAAUGUGCUUCCAGCUUUUUUUUAAAGCAGGUACAAUAAAACUCUUUUGUAAUUGAGGUUAAGGGGAGUAAGUUAUUGUCUUUUGCUUUGCUUUGGUUUGGGUGAGCAGUUUUUCCCUCCAAGUGCCAGAAUGCACUUUUAUAAGUAAUGCUAUCAAUUAUAAUUUUUUUUUUUUGUAGUAUAUGGUACACUACAGACUUCAUUUUACAUUGUAUGUUUUCAUUUGCAUUCCAAGAAAAGACAUGGUUUUUAAUGUUGAUUUUUAUUCUGUAAUUAUUUCUUGUAAAUGAAGCUGCACAGAAAACAAUCGUAACCAGGCGCUGUUUCUGGGCCAGUAUGUUUAUGAUUUUAACCACUGAAAUAAUAAAAUGAUUUCAUGAAA